UGCGUGAAUGCUCUGGAGUGCGUGAGAUCGCAUCGCAUAUCACCUCCCGAUCCUCCCGUAUCUCCGCGUUACCUUAUCUGGUAACCAGGUGAUACGCGCGAUCCUCGCGAAGGAAUCCGCGCUCAUGCGCGUGCAUGCUGCAUAAUGCUUGGUUGCGUGGGUUGCGUGCAUAUUGCAUGUAUGUAUGGUGUGUGUGUGUGUGUGUGGUGUUGCAUCUGUGUACAUGUGUGCAUGUGCGUGUGUCAGACGCGACGGUAAUUCGCGAUUCAGUUAAUGGGUCAUAUAAAUAAUGCGGAUCGAGUGCCCUUCGUACUUUUAGAGGGGAGAUUCGAAACAGCGUGGAACACCUACUGUCAAACACAUAAAAACGUAUAUAAACGAAAAACGACCCGUGCUUGUUGUGAUCCAAGUCAAAACGCUCGAAAACGCUUUUGAAGCGAGGAGUACCUUGUUGCCCUAUAAGUGAAAUAGAACAUCUGUUGCUUUUAGAAACAGUUGAAUUAAAAACUUGUUGUACAAAUAAUGUACUUUUGUUUCUUGAGAAAGUAUCUUAAAAAGCAAAUUGUUGUUAGGAGAUGGCAGCAGAAGGCAACGACCCUGAAUUACGUUUAUUACGAUAUCUGUAUGUUGGAAAAGAUUAUGCCAAUUAUCAGCCUGGAUAUUGGUUUGCCCAUCAUUAUUUUAUAGUCAGGAAUGUCCUAGCCAUAGAAGAACUUGCUGAAAAUGAGGAGAAGCAAUUGGUACCCAUUGAACUGAUCACAAAUGCAUUUGAGAGCAAUUUGGUUACACAUCCAGAGGCUUUGGUGUUUGCCCUUGCUGUUUGCUGCAGGCAAAAUAAAAGCGAGAUAUUACGUCAUGCAGCGUACGAAAAUGUGAAAAAGAUUUGUGCGUCUACCCCAAACUUUAUUCUGUUUGUUAAAUUCGUUUCUAAACUGUGCAGAGAGAAAGAUUUGAAUUAUAUUACGCAAGGCUGGGGCCAAGGCCUGAGGAAAGCUAUCAACAAUUGGUACCUAUCUAAAAACUCAUUGGAAUUUAUAGAGUGUGUUACGAAAUACAGAAGUAGGUAUGGUUGGAAACACAAAGACAUUGUCAAAAUGGCUCAUCCUAAUGGCAAUUCUCCAGAAAAUAAAAUUAUACUGAAGUACGUAAUAUAUGGCUUGGAAAAGACCAAAAAGGAUAUAAUAGCUGACCAGAUAACGGAAACUCCUGAUAUCACUAAAUUACUGGAAUACAUGAAAAAUAUUGAAGACUUCAAACAUUGCGAAGAUGAGCUCGAAGCUGCCAGAAAGGUGGAAAUAAAUGGAUUCUCAUUAGAUCAUGUACCUGGACAGUUUUUAAAAUCCAAGGAGGUUUGGAAUUCAUUGGUAAUGUCAAUGGACGUUGUUGCACUUCUAAACAACCUUCAAAGGAUUCACAAUCUUGGGUGUCUCGGUCCUGAUGAGCCAGCAGUCGAGAAAGUUACGGAACGACUUACUGAUUCACACUGCAUUGAGAGUAGUGCAGUUCAUCCGGCAUUAAUUUUUAUUACGUUAAAAAAUUAUGAAUGUUCUGGAAAAUUUUUGACUUAUGAAAAGCGAAAAGUUCGAGAACUAGCAAAGAAACCUGAACCGCCAAAGUAUCCAAAUCUCAAGAUAACAGACGCUUUAAAAGAAGCAUUCCGUCUGUCAUUUAAAAAUAUACAAUCUACAAAGUUGCGCUACUUAGUGACAAUCAGCACAAACAAGGCGAUGGAAACAAGUACUUGGCAGAACGGUAAUAUGACCGGCCUCGAGACAGCUGCUUUGAUCGCGUUGACACUUUUACGUUCCGAGGAGAACGUUACUAUAGCGACGUUCAGGAACGUCGGAAUUUAUAUAGUAAACGUACAGGGAACGGAUUCUUACGACGAUAUUUUGAAUGCCAUAAGGAGUGCAUCAAGGGUGCAUCAAGGAAGUACCAAUCCGAGUAAACCGAUUUUGUGGGCCAAAAAUAAACCUAAGCAGUAUGAUGUCUUUAUCAACAUUAUGGAUCAAAUAUUCCAAAAGCACGAUGAAUCCCAGGAACAUCUAAUAUCGUACAAAGAGGAUCAGAACCUUCCUGAUACAAAACUAAUCACUUGCGCCUUAUGCUCUUCCUCACCAUAUCGUAAAACACAUGACCGUCAUGUCUUGACUAUCAACGGUUUCGAUGCUACCGUACCUAAUGUCAUCCAGGCGUUUGCAAGGGGUUUAUUUUAGAUACUAGCAUGAGUUAAAUCUCUAUUGAAGAUUCUUCAAAACGUAUUUCUUCAAGAAGUCACAAGUGGUCAGUCAAGAAGAAAAUUUUCUCCUUUUAAAGCAUUCGAUACGAAAGUGAAGAAGCAUAUGGCAGUUUUAGAGGCCGGUGGUGAGAAUUUAUCUGGUUAGAACAGGUUUUUUCUUCGAACUCGAGUUUGACUAACGAGCACACUAACGCAGAACGUGAGUGAAGAGCUGGAGGAAAGUUACGUUAAAAAGAGCUUUCAGAAAUUACUUAAAACAGUGCCGAAUUUUGGAAUUCAAACUGUCUCGCCUUUUUCGUCAGUUCCGAACGUCGGCUUGUUUGCACAUCCAUGACUGAAUCAAAUUAUAUUUAAUUUUACUAUCUGUUAAUUUUUUUAAGAUAUAUCCAACGGAGACAGUAUAUAUACUUUUUAAAACAUAUUGCAAAUAUGUAAACGCGGUGAAGGUGAUUGAGAAAAGUGAUCGUGCACUAUAAUUGGCAUGUUGAUAGUAAUAUUAAUAUUUACUACAUGUUCUUAGUGUUAGGAAAGAGCUGUGUAGCAUUUCCCACAUUUUUUUGUUGUGAUCAGGUGAUUGAAAAAUGAUCAGGUAUUUUUUUACUCCUAUUCGGAUUUCCGACGAUACGAUUCAAAUAACUCGGCAGUUUUAUUUUUAGUAAACGCUAACACAGUAUCGUAUCGAUCCGAUUAUAUAAGCAAUAUAUAGAUUAGUUAUGGACUAUUUUUUACACUGUUGCACAUGAAAUCUCAGUUUUACGUUAAUUAAUUUUUGAGAUAUCGUUUAUUUAAUUAAUCUCUCUUUUUAAUUUUAAUAAUAUACAUAAAUAUACGUCUGAAACAAGUUGAAAUCUUGUAUAUGUACAUUGUCAUAUACUAUAUUUAAAACGUGAUUUGUCGAAGACAUUUAGAAAGCUGUCAGAUGUUUUACUAGAGCUUUAAAACAAUUUCAAAAGAGAGAUUUUCUUUUGUUUGAUAUAUAUUUAUCACAUCGUAAAAGGUCGGUCUUAUAAACCAAUAGUCUCAAACUCACGCGGUCCGCAUACGAGUCCUCAUCUGUCCAUCUUCCGAAAAUCUAUGACACCUUGUAGUUUGCCUCUGCCUAAAAGCUCAGUGCGGUCUGCGGCGAGCUAGUUAAGACUCUGCCAUAAACAUUAAUUAAAAUUAAUUCCUCUGUGUCGCCUUUUAAUUUUAUAAAGAUACAGAGAAUCGCUUAAAUCUUAGGUAACUCUCUAACUUAAAUCUUACUUAAUUUUUAACGUUUAUGGGAACGACCUGCAAUGUGGAUUGUUAUUUAGUUUCGAAAUAUUUUUCGCGCGAACUGUAAAAAAAACUGUGGACCCGAAGUGUUUCAUAUGCAACUGUAACAAUCUUGUUUUGAAAACUAGGAAAAGGAAGUACAAUUCAAUAGUCCUAUGUUUCAGAGUAGUGCAUUACGCAGCGAAAAAAAAGUUUAGGAUAAGACUGCAUAAGCGGAUACGGAAAUACGCGUAUCUCAAGUAACAUACGGUGCAUUUUUUGACUAAUGGUAAAAAAAAAAAGAAAAUCUUACUCUAAUAUUAUUAAUUGCUUGCUUGUUUCUGGUUGGCGGGGAUGCUUCUUCGUAAUAAUGCGUAUAGAUAACGUGACCUUAUUAAAAAGAAAAAAGUGACACGCUUCUGGGACCGGUGCGCUUCUGGACGGUUAAAAAUAAUAAUCUAAAAUAAGUAAAAAAAAAGACAAAAAAAGAAAGAAGAAAGCGGAAGACGUAGAAGACGGUGAACAUAGGAACGUUGAAAAUUUUCCCACUGUGAUAUGCAUUUAGCCCCAAAGAGUUAUAGACUUACAUUAGUAUAAUUUUACUGUUACUAUCUCAUAUUUGCCAUAUCCAAAGUGAACGUGAGACAAAUACUAAAUACACUACUGAAUAAUACUGUGAUACGAGAUACAUUGUUGUUGUUCAAACUAGGGAAAUGGUAUUUAAGUGACGCGGCCAGAAGCGCACCGUGUUUGAUAUUUGUUGAGUCUCUGCGCGAGUUAGCGCGUGAAUUUUUUUGUUGAAAAUUUUGUAUCAUAUCUCGAGAGGAAAAAAAAAAGAUGGGCUUUCGACCUGCGGAUUAUUGUUAUCGGGUUUUUCCCUCGUUUCUCACAUGAGACCACGGAAGCACGUACCUCUUUCAUACACAUUGCUAAAAAGUACAGCGUGGAUGAACUCUCAGGUCUUCGAAACAAAUUUGUGAACUAAGUGCUUAAACUAUUCACCUGUUCUUUGCAGCUGUCCCCGAUAAUCUGCGGAUCGAAAGCUGCCAACGUAAAUUCUAUUUCAAUAGAGUGUUCCGAAAAAAAAGGGUAUAUAAGUAGACUAUUCUUUAAGCAAUCUGCAUUUUGCUCCUGAUGAAAAUAAAGUCGAACUAAUUAAUACUAAUUAAUACAAAUUAAAGUCACGACUUUUGACGAGUUAGGCAAAAUGAAAAGAAUUCAGCUUUAUCAUUAAUUGUCGAGAGAGAUUUAUUUAAUAAAUUAUCAAGCGAGAAUUAAUUGUCGAUGGAUUCAAUUUCUUAAAGCAGAAAAAGAAAUUAAAAGCAAGAGAAAUCGGUUCUAUAUUUAUCAAAUGGCAUAUUGUAUUCCGAGAUUGUAUUGUACAUAGCGAUUGAAGUAUAUGUUAAUUUUCCACGUUUUAGAAAUUUUAAGCAGAAUUGCGCUUGCAACUCGGCGAAAAGAGAAACCCGUAAUACAAAUUACGCAUAAGUUUAUUUUUAAGAAUGGUAUUUUAAAAGAAUUAAAAUCCACACACACAUACAUACAACACACGAAUGUUUGUUAAUCUCGGUUGCGCAGCGUCCCGCAGAGUUCUGUAUAAAUUAUAAUUUAAAUCGGGAGUGAUGAAGUCAGUAUAUAUCUUCUACGCUGGACUAUAUUCCUACUCGAACUUCGUGUUUUUAGCGAGCGUAUACGCGCGCUUAGAGAAAUUAUUUAUACACUUACUGCACACACUUCGUGUCUAAAGCGUUCAGUGUUAGGGGAGAGAGAAAAUAAAUCUCUAGCGCAUUUUUUUACGGGAAAAAACUUCUGGCGCGAAGGCAAAAAAAACUUCUUUCAGAAAAAAACGAAAUGUCUAGUUACUAAACAAGAGUUUAAGAGUAUAUAUGCUACGAUCAUAUAUAUAGUAGCUCAAUGUAUUCAUUGGCAUUAGCAAGUAGGCAUUACAAGUAUUUGUAUAUGUACGGGAGCGUAUUGCGAUCGGAGAGGAUUCCCCGCGCACUUCGUCUAAGCUCUUUUUUACAGACGCGUUUACAAGAGUCGACCAAUUUAAUUCUAAAAAAAAAAAAUCUCAAAUCUCUGAUAGCAAUCUUAUCAUAGUACAAGUUCCGACCUUCACCUUAACUCGCAUAGCGUUGUACGCGAAGACAAAAAAAAUUAUAUUAGUUAUAAUAUAUUAAAUUUAGCUGUAAUAUUCGAAUAGUCGAGGGUUCACGAGUCUCGAGAAGUAAAUCUAAAAAUCGGAAUCCUUUCCGCUCGCGGUGCAUGCAGAUAUAUAUGUAUUCAUUAAUACUAUUAUAAGAAUAUAUACGUCCGAAAUAUAUGAUAUAGACUGGCACACUGGAGGAAGAAAAUGGAACAGAAAAGCAAAAAAAAAGAGAGAGAGAGAGGGAGGGGAAGAGAAAGAGAGCAGUACAGCCAGAAUCUGAAGAGAAUCACUUCUCAUGCUGUUAUUUCACAGUCCAUUGAUUUCAGGAUGUGCUGUAUAGUUAAACAAGAGGAAAGAAAAACAAUAUGUUGAAUGUGUUCAUGCUAGAAGAAAAAAAAAGAAGAAAAUAUUUACCGCGUAAGGAGAGAGAAAGAGAGAGAAGAAAA